CUUUAAAAAUAGCAUCCUCUCCUCUGACAGCGCUGCUCCGGUGGCUCCGCGGCACUGUGCUGCGAGAAGCAGGAAUGCGAAGAUGGCUACAGACCUAGGAGAGCUGCUGGUCCCCUACAUGCCCACCAUCAGGGUGCCCAGGACAGGAGACAGGGUUUUCAAGAGCGAGUGCGCCUUUUCCUUCGACUCUCCCGAGUCAGAGGGAGGACUGUAUGUGUGUAUGAACACAUUCCUGGGCUUUGGACGAGAACAUGUGGAGAGACAUUAUCGCAAAACAGGACAGAGUGUUUACAUGCACCUCAAACGACACGUCAAAGAGAAAGCCACAGGAGCUGCAGGGGGCGCCAUCCCCAGACGAAGAAAUGGAAAAGUGUUUCUAGAUUUAGAGCUAAACCGUGAUUUUAACGGAGAGGACUAUGAAUAUGAAGACGAGGCCAAGCUCGUCAUUUUUCCGGACCACUUCGAGAUCCCGUUACCAAAUAUUGAGGAGUUGCCCGCUCUGGUGACCAUUGCCUGUGACGCAGUGCUCAAUGCUCCAUCAGCUUAUAAGAAGCAGGAGCUUGAAUCCUGGGAGGAGGAGAUUCAGGUGUCCAGACAUGCCAGGAGCCUCAGACAGCUGGAUAAUGGGGUCAGGAUCCCGCCUAGUGGCUGGAAGUGUCAGAAGUGUGAGAUGAGAGAAAACCUGUGGCUGAACCUGACAGAUGGAGCAGUGCUCUGUGGGAAGUGGUUCUUUGAUGGGAGCGGAGGCAAUGGCCAUGCUCUGGAACACUACAGAGAGACCAACUACCCCCUGGCUGUCAAAAUGGACACUAUCACACCAGAUGGAGCAGAUAUCUACUCAUUUGAGGAGGAGGAAGCUGUGUUGGACCCGCACAUAUCAGAACACUUGUCACACUUUGGAAUAGACAUGCUACAGAUGCAGAACAGAACAACAGAGAAUGGUCACCACACAGACAAUAACUCCCGGCAGCGGGUCAGUGAAUGGGAGGUGAUCCAGGAGUCGGGCAUGAAGCUGAAGGCGGUGUUUGGUUCUGGUUACACGGGCGUCAAAAACCUGGGCAACAGCUGCUACCUCGGCACAGUGAUGCAGGUCCUCUUCAGCAUCCCAGACUUCCAGAGGAUGUAUGUAGGUAAUCUUCAGAGGAUAUAUGACUAUUCACCUCUUGACCCCAGCCAGGACUUCGCCACACAAAUGGCUAAACUGGGACACGGACUGCUCUCAGGCCAGUACUCGAAACCACCCAUGAAAUCUGAGCUCAUUGAACAGGUGAUGAAAGAAGAACACAAGGUAUUUAACUGGCACCAGCAGAAGGGUGUCUCUCCCCGGAUGUUGAAGGCCCUGGUCAGCAGGGGACACCCAGAGUUUUCCUCCAACAGACAACAAGAUGCCCACGAGUUCCUCCUGCACAUGAUCAACCUUGUGGAGAGGAACAGCGCAGGCUCGGAGAACCCAAGUGACGUCUUCCGCUUCUUGGUGGAGGAGCGUAUUCAGUGCUGCCAGUCACGUCGGGUUCGUUACACUCAGCGGGUGGACUACUGCAUCCAGCUGCCAGCCCCCAUCGAGGCAGCUACCAAUCGAGAGGAGCUGCUGGCAUACGAGGCCAAGCGGAAGGACGCUGAGGAGAACAUGCGGUCUCUUCCUGAGCCGGUGAGAGCACGGAUCCCUUUCACUGCAUGCCUGCAGGCCUUCACAGAGCCGGACAACGUCCCCGACUUCUGGAGUUCAGCGCUGCAGGCCAAGUCAGCCGGAAUCAAAACUUCCCGUUUCGCCUCCUUCCCAGAGUAUCUGAUUUUGCAGAUUAAGAAAUUUACAUUCGGUGUUGACUGGGUGCCGAAGAAACUAGACUUGGCCAUCGAUGUUCCAGACUUUCUGGAUCUGAGCCGGCUGCGGGCCACGGGGCUGCAGGCGGGUGAGGAGGAGCUGCCUGACCUCAUGCCUCCCAUCGUGCUACCUGAAGACACCAGAGAUAACUCCAUGAGCUCCAUAGACUCUCCAGAAAUAGACGAGGCGGCAGUAAUGCAGCUGGCAGAGAUGGGCUUUCCGGUGGAGGCCUGUAGGAAGGCGGUCUACUACACAGGCAACAUGGGCCCCGAGAUGGCCUUUAACUGGAUCAUAGCCCACAUGGAGGAGCCUGACUUUGCAGAACCUCUCACUCUGCCCUCCAUGAUAGAUCCUGGUCCUUCCACCAGCGACAGCACCAUGGGUGCCACCCCACUGGGCAACUCUCCCCCCGAGGAGAGCAUCGCCAUCCUCACUUCAAUGGGCUUCCCCCGUGCUCACAGCAUCCAUGCACUCAAAGCCACGAACAAUAACCUAGAGCGAGCACUCGACUGGAUCUUCACCCACCCGGAGGAGGAGGAGAGUGACGUCAUCUCAGACAUGGCUGACACAGAGCCCAACGACAACGCUUUCUCCAAUGCCAACUCACACAGCGACUCCACGCUGUCUCCAGACAGAGACGCGUCGGGCCCACGGGUCAAAGAUGGACCAGGACGUUAUGAGCUCUUUGCUUUUAUCAGCCACAUGGGAGCAUCCACAAUGUCUGGACAUUAUGUUUGUCACAUCAAAAAGGAGGGAAGGUGGGUGAUCUACAACGACCACAAAGUGUGUUUGUCAGAAAGGCCUCCAAAAGACUUGGGCUACAUCUACUUUUACCAUCGACUGUCUAGCAGUUAAAUUAAAGUUACCGCCCCCACCACCAUGCAACCUUUUUAAAGAACCGUGGUCGUUCACCCCGAAGACUGGCAGACAACUUUAUUAACAGCCACAGCGGAAACAAUGGAAGUAACCUCUCAGACCAGCUGCUCGCCUGACCGUGAUGUCAUUCAAGCAACCAGGAACACUGGUCAGAAAGGGAAAGCAAUGUGCUUAUCGUGCAUUUGUGUUAUGUCGUGCUUUAAAUGUAUAUUUCAGUGUUUGUGUUUAAGAAAAGACAUUUUCUCGACAUUGGAGGUACAGAGGGAUUUGUGCAAUUUCCACUUCUGGAGUGCUUUGUACACAAAAUAAUGUCACAUAUCAAAUCUCAUUGUUCCUCCUCUAUGCCUUCAGCUACUGUGCCAGGAUUUUCAAAGUGGUACAUUUUAUAAAUGUAUAUUGAAAUGGGAGUGCUUCACUGCCAGCCCUGAAAUGCUUUGAAACUGCAUUUGAAACAACAAACAAGAAAUUACUGUGCUGCUGGUGGUUUUUGCAUUUGACAUUGAAAUACGAAAGAAUGUUUUUCAUCCCCAGGAAAUUAAAAAGGACAACAAGAAUUAAAAUGUUUUGGUUGGAUACAGAGAAAUUAACAUACUGUAUACAGGUUUCAGACUGAAGGAGAGCACCAGGAAGGCCACGAAUAGAAUGUAGCUUAGUUAAAAGUACAGUGACUUAAACCUGCCCCCGUUUUACCUGGAGAUGAUGUGCUUUUUUCAAUAAGAAAGUUUCAGUUGAGUUAUCAAGAUACAAGUAUUUUUCCUUCCCGGAAAGCACCUUUUGACUAUAACAAGUUCAUAUUUUGCACCUGAUGCUGCUGAAGUGGUCUUUUUAUUCACCAGCUAUAAGAUAUUGAAUGUGAUAUCUUAAAUUUCAACUUCAGUACUGUUGAGUCUGCAAAUCCUUAAAGUGGCCAUUAGUCUAUGAAGUGUCCUCAAUCCCGGAGUGAAUUUAUGUCAUUAAUUGUGUUUGCCUAAUUUGCAAAAUAUUUGCAUUGUAGGCAAAACUUUAACUUAUAGCUGCAGCCGGUCCAGUUUGGUUCCUUUAUCACACUGACAGAUUCAGACUAUGACCCAAAAGUUAAAAUGAAUGUUUUCCUUGACCUGUUACAACUUUUUGCAGGUCAGUUAAUUCAGUUAUGCAUCUAAACUGUUUUCACCUCUAAAGCAAUAUAUGCACCACAACCAACUCUCUACUACAUGACAAAAGCUGCACAGUGACCUGUAUCUCCUCGAAAAUGUGCAUUCUUGUACUAACAGACAUGUUGCAGUACUGAAUGUAUAACUUCAUGGUGCUCACUGCAACCAAAACCUCCUGUUCAGCUUUAAUAUUCAGAUGCCACAGCGGACGUAGAAACUGGCCCUUUGCUGUUUGGUCACUAUAACCUCGUGCUCACUGUCCACUGACUCUGUACUCAUUUAUCUACUCAGUAUGUUCAUAAUGUGCCGGACAGAUUCAAUGUAGAUAUGACAUACUUGUUUGUCAAUUAUUAGUGAAUUUACAGCCUUUGAUUGUCAACAACUUCUCAGCAUUAUGGUUCAUGUUCUCUAUUUACAAGUUAAACUCGUGAGCUACGUGGAACUGGACUUGAAUCUGCUUUUAUCUGUUGCAUCUCGGUGAAAUAUUAAGUGCACAAACGCUUAAUUCCAGUUUGGUGACCCUGACGUGCGGCGAACUGUCUGUCACUCAAUGUUGCGCUUCCGGGUGCAUAUUUUAAAGGGGAGUUCUGCUGAAAAAAGAUACCUUAGUAGAUACCUUAUUAAUAGUUCCAUUUGUAGCUGAUUUUGGAGUCAUUACCUCUCGUUUAUGGAGAGGACAAUAAAUUGACAUUUCUUAAUAAAAGACAUAUUUUACUGCAUAUCUAUUAAACAACUGUGGUAGUAAAGAUAGUGAAGGAAUAUGACUGUCCCUAAAAAUGUCUUUCAGCAAUCUCAUCACUCACACUUUCCUCGACAGCUAAUGUCUUUACAGACAAAAAAAUCUUUAUCUUUCAGCGCUCCCCUUUAACAACUCUGCCUAGACUGCACUGAGUUUUAUUAUAUUUCAACCCCUCUACUUCAUCAGAUACUACUUGAUAAACUGCUGCAGUGUUCAUUGUCUAUGCAGCAGAGAAUUCAAAAAAGUCUCUCUAUGCAAGUCUUGUGUUUCUGCCGUUCUUCCUAUAAAAACUUUUUUUUUGUCAGAAACCAAAUGUAUCUUCAUGUCAAACCCUGCUAAAGUCAGUGUUUCUGCGGAUGGGUGAUAAACCUUUCGUCUUUCUUAAUGAUGUUUAAUUAUGAGUUCCUUCAGAUAUUUUGUGCAAUUUUUAUUUCUCCGCACCUUUUGUUCUCCCCACAUCCUCCAGGUUACGUUAUCGUCUUUGUAUUUUUGUCUUUUUGUUUCAGCUUUCCCUCCAGCUGGGUCUCUUCCAUUCUUUUUCUCUACGGUUCAAUUUGUCACAAAAAAGCUUUUUCACUGUCCGCAUGUGCACUAGACGUUGACAUUUAGUCAUUUGGAUUGUACAAUGUACUUUUGUGAGUUUUAUUCUCUUUUUUCAUUUAACUAAAUGUCAAAAAGGUUCUUCACCUGUUUUUACUCUGUUGCCUUUUUUGCAAACAAGUUUGUGCCAAUUCUGUAGUUUUCAUUACAUAGUUUUCCUGAAGGGAUUAUUUUAAGUUGACUUUUGUAAUGUAUGCAUUUAUCCAAAUAUGGCUUAGGUGUAUGUGAAUAGAGUAAUGACAGUAUACUCAGUGGCACUGUUUACUUACGAGGUUUGGAUAAUUUAAUAAACUACACCUUUGUUGAGA